AUGAGCACCGUGUGCGCGCACAGAAGUAGACCCAUAAGGCCCAGCGGGCCCGUCUCCAACGCGACCAUCAAGAACAAGAUGAAGAGGUCGACGGAGGCCCUGAGGAAGAAAAAGGGGUCGGCGAACAAGUCCUUCAAGUGCAGCAAGAAGAACACCGCGUACUGCGAGGGAAGCAGAAUUGCCAGCAAGAAAGGGAAGCAGCAUCAGGAGGAGGAGGAGGAGGAGGAAGAGCAGAAGAAGAAGGAGCGGCAGGGGGGGAAGGCCCCAAAGUGUAAGAGGUCGAAAUUGGGAGAAGGGGGAUUAACUAAGAGUAUGAAAAAAGGCAAAGAUAGCGACACGCGUGAGGAUGCAAGUGAAAAUGCGAAGGCGCACCCCGCCCACCGGGCACUCAAACCCUGCAACAGCGAAAACUUCAAAUUCUCCAGGAAGGGGUUCAUUCUAAGCUUUACAGGAAAUCUGCAGGACUUUUACAACCUCUCCGAAGAGCCCCUAGGCAAGGGCACCUACGGAUGCGUCUACAAGGCGACGGACAAGCUCCUCAAAAUACAGAGAGCCGUCAAGGUAGUCUCCAAGAAGAAGCUAAAGAAUGUACACAGAUUUAGACAAGAAAUAGACAUCAUGAAAAAUCUAGACCAUCCUAAUGUGAUUAAGUUGCUAGAAACAUUUGAAGAUAGCAAGCAGAUUUACUUGGUGAUGGAGUUAUGCACAGGUGGAGAGUUGUUCGAUCGAAUUGUAAAAAAAGGACCCUUCUCCGAAAUGUAUACCUCCUUUAUAAUGAAGCAGAUUUUCUCGGUGCUAAACUACCUGCACAUUAGGAAUAUAUGCCACCGAGAUGUGAAGCCGGAGAAUUUUUUAUUUUUCGACAAAUCUCCAGAAUCGCUAAUCAAGGUGAUUGACUUUGGCUUGGCUUCCUACUUUAGCGACGAUGACUCGGAGAUGAAGACCAAGGCCGGGACCCCCUACUACGUCGCCCCGCAGGUGUUGGGAGGCCGCUACGACUACAAGUGCGACUUGUGGUCCGCGGGCGUGCUCUUCUACAUCCUGCUCUGCGGGUACCCCCCCUUCUACGGCGAGAGCGACCACGAGAUACUCACCAGGGUGAAAAGCGGGAAAUUCACCUUCAAGGGCAAGGAGUGGACCCACGUGACGGAGGAGGCCAGGGACCUCAUCAAGCGCUGCCUCACCAUGGACCCUCAGAAAAGGGCAACCGCCAGCGAAGCGCUCAGGCACCCCUGGUUCAAGAAAAAGCCGAGCACCUUCACCCUGGACUUUAAGAUAGACAUCCACGUGCUGGAGAAUUUUAAGAAUUAUGCCCUCAUGCUGCGUUUUCAGAAGCUAGCCAUGACGAUUAUUGCCCAACAGAGCAACGACUAUGAUGUUCAGAAGCUCAAGGCGGCCUUCCUUCACCUGGAUGAGGAGGGAAAGGGGAACAUAACGAAGCUGCAGCUGCGGAAGGGCUUGGAGAGGAGCGGCCUCAUGCUGCCCCCCAAUUUUGACCUCCUCCUGGACCAGAUAGACAGCGACGGCAGCGGCAACAUCGACUACACGGAGUUUCUGGCGGCCGCGAUUGACAGGCGGCAGCUCUCGAAGAAGCUCAUUUACUGCGCCUUCCGCGUCUUCGAUGUGGACAACGACGGGGAGAUUACCACCGCGGAGCUGGCCCACGUCCUUUUCAACGGAAACAAAAGAGGAAACAUCACGGAGAGGGACGUCAACCAAGUUAAGAAAAUGAUCCGCGAGGUGGACAAAAACGGCGACGGGAAGAUCGACUUUUACGAGUUUUCCGAAAUGAUGAAGCUGACUCUCUAG